AUGGACCUUGUCACUGUCAAUGGAUUGAAGUUAAGGAAGCCAUUUUCGGAGUCAAGAAGAAAAAGUAAUAUUUGGUGGUUUCUUCCAAAUUACUUCUCUAAUAACAGUACAUCUACUGCAAACACAUUUUCCGUAAAACAAGAUAAUUGGAUUUUAGAUGAACCUACUACUUUUGCUCUGGAUAACGAGCCUUCGUCACAUUGGAUUUUCAAAGAGUGUAUCAUGAAGUAUUUCUUAACUGAUACAGGGCGUAGCUUCCCUGGCACUGUCGUAGAGGCUCCGUUUCAUAAGUUGAUGUUAAAAGGUGGUAAUUUCACUCUGCUUGUCUUGGGGCCAUACCUUUUUGAGGAAGAAGGUUUUUAUUCCUGUAAUAUCGAAGAACCAGGUAAAGAAUUAUUGAAAACGAAGUUCGAUUUUGAAUAUCCAGAACUGGACAGCUUGCUCUGCCGCAUACAUAUUUACACAGAUGUUCAAUAUGAGGGCUACUCCUAUGGAGCAUCCUAUAAGGCAUCUGAAAACUCCAUGAAACCAACUAAGAUGUUAUUUUUACCGCCCUCUCAAUAUUCCAGCAUUCCACUUCAAGCUAUAUUUUAUGGGUUUUCUAAGGAGGAUGCAAUAAUAUACAGGGAUUUGUUGGUUGUUUACAGAAUCCGGUCAAUACGACGUGGCUAUAGACCAACAAUAAAAAACGUCUUGAAUGUGUUUUUCGAUCCACCAUAUGAAAUAUAUGUCAUCCCUUCCCCACAUGGGAGCGAUUCCACGCAAGAAUAUAUCGAAGUAGAUCACUGUGAAGACGUCACGGAUGAGGAACGUCAAACUUACCAAGCUUACUUUAUGCUGAAAAUGAAAUACAUGUUGGGUGAUAAUUUGGAAUAUUCAACAUUUUCUGAACUACUUGAAAGUAGAAAUCAUGAUCAUUCUGAAAGUGUAUAUUUAGAGGAGUCCAAUCAUUUCGAGUCUCAAGUCUAG